GUCCCAGGGGCAGUAGCGUCUUUCCCGUUCGAUUCGUCGCCAUCACCAACCUCCAUUGGCGCCCACCCGCAGAGCUCCACUUCCACGAGACCACGACCACUCACUCGUCACCCUCCCCAUGGCCGCCGGCGUGAACAGGCUUCCGCCCCGUCUCACCACGCUUGCGGUCUUCUCCUCGCCGACACCGAGCCCCUUCGGCCCCAACAAGCGCGUCGCCAGGCCCAGGCUCAGGCCCCCGCCGAUCUCCAUCUCCAUGGACCCGGCCCUCGUCGACCCGGCCCACCUCCAGGCGCUCAUGCUCGCCUGCGCGCACUCCUGCGCCAUCCGCCUCUCCCCGCCGGAAGCCGCCGCGCGGCCGGAGCCCGUCGACAUCCGCAAGCUCCGCACCGCCGUGGCGCACAGCUUCCUGGUCGUGUCCGUCUUCUGCGGGACCAGGUUCCUGGAGGAGGACGACGGAGGAGACGACCGGCGCUUCAUGGGCCUGGAGCUCGACCUCGGGCUCGGGCGGCGGGGGGAGCAGCGGCUCGUCGGGUUCGGACGGGCCGUCUCCGACAUGGGGCUCACCGCCUCCGUCCAUGACGUCGUGGUUCAUCCAUCAGUGCAGAGGAGAGGAAUUGGGCGCAAAAUACUUGAAAAAAUUACAAGGGUACUCCAUAGCAGAGGUAUUUAUGACAUUUCUGCAUUAUGCACAGGAAAGGAGAGGCCAUUUUUUCAAGCAUGUGGAUUCGGUGAUGAUGCAAUGGGUGCCACAACGAUGAUGUACACUAGAAACUUGUACAAAUAGCAUUCCUAUGGAUGGUUGGCAAUCUGCACAAUGGUACUACCACGGCUCCUUUUUUGCUGGUUAUCUGUUGCCACCUGAGAAUGCCGACUGUAAAGAGAGUUCUGAGAUCCAGCAGUGAUUUUACCCUCUAACUGGAUCCAGUAUCCAUGGUGCCCCAGCCUUUUCUGUCUUCGAGGAAACCACCCGAAUAAAUUAGAAGAACUUGUGGACAUGGUAGUACAACUUAUUAUCAUGUGUGGAAGAUGGCAUUAUCUAGCAUGUUCAGAAUCCGGACCAGCAUUUGUGAAUUUACCACUGAUGGUAAAAGGGCUUGUUGUGUUUGCAGAGAUAAAUGUUUGUACACAUUGUUUUAGUCCUCAUGUAUGUCAGCACUUGAACAAAGAGUGAAUCACAGAAAGAGAACCUUGAUACAAUACACAAAAACUGUGGAUUUA